AUGACGAGAGUCUUGGCAGGGCCAUAUUGUACCCAGAUUCUAGGAGACCUCGGGGCCGAGGUCAUCAAAGUCGAACACCCGGUCAGAGGUGACGAUACUCGGGCCUGGGGACCGCCGUAUGCCACGUAUAAAGAUGGCUCAUUACAUGAGGGGCCAGGAGAAUCUGCAUAUUUUCUUGGUGUAAACCGCAACAAAAAGUCCCUGGCCCUCUCUUUCCAAGACCCAGCGGGCGUGGACAUCCUCCAGAAGCUGGCUGCGAAAUGCGACAUCUUAGUCGAGAAUUACAUUCCAGGAUCCCUCAAAAAAUACGGCCUGGAUUUUGACACCAUCCACAAGAUCAACCCGGCACUCAUCUACGCCUCUAUUACAGGCUAUGGCCAGACGGGGCCGUACUCACAGCGACCAGGCUACGAUGUCAUGGUGGAGGCCGAGUUUGGCCUGAUGCACAUCACUGGCAGCCGUGAUGGGCCACCGGUCAAGGUCGGCGUUGCCGUUACUGACCUCACAACUGGGCUGUAUACCAGCAACAGCAUCAUGGCCGCGUUACUUGCCCGGGCUAAGACUGGAAAGGGGCAGCACAUUGACGCUGCGUUGAGUGACUGCCAGACCGUUACGCUGGCCAACAUUGCCAGCAGUUGUCUCAUCAGCGGGGAGAAGGAUACGGGCCGGUGGGGGACCGCACACCCCUCCAUCGUCCCAUACCGUUCCUUCAAAACUAAAGACGGCGACGUUCUCUUCGGUGGAGGCAACGACAAGCUCUUCGGCAUCCUCUGCGAUGGCCUCGGCCGGCCCGAGUGGAAGGAAGACGCCAAGUUCAAGAUCAACGCGGUCCGCGUCGCCAACCGGGUCGAACUAGAGGCCGAGAUCGAGGCGAUCACCACCCAGAAGACAACCCAGGAGUGGCUGGACACGUUCGAGGGCAAGGGCAUGCCAUACGCCGCGGUCAAUGACGUCCAAGGGGCGCUGACCCAUGCGCACACCCAGGCCCGGAACAUGGUGGUGGAGGUGGACCAUGACGAGUGUGGACCGAUAAAGCUGCUCAAUACACCGGUCAAGUACUCGGAGAGCGAGCCCCGGAUCCGGAGUCCACCGCCGACGUUGGGGCAGCACACGGAUGCUAUUUUGAGGGAGUAUUUGGGGAUGGAGGAUGCUCAAAUACGGGGAUUGAAGGAGAAGGCAUCAAUUUCCCAUGGUGUUUGGCGACCUGCAUUAUCACGAAACCGCGUUCAUUCGACACGAUCAGGAACCCGCGCAGAGAAAAAAAUGGCCGACGACAAAUCCCAAAAUGCAGCAAACUCUCCCCUACAAGGGCGGGUCACCGACCCGUCCCCGGCUCAUAGCUCCGUUUCCGCGGCCGGUUCUGGGGCCGGUCCCAUGGCGACCGCUUCCACCCCGUCCUCACGACCCCUUUACGUGCCACAGUUUACGGCGGCCACACAAAUGAUUCUCAAAAGAAUGAAGGGCGAGCCGAGCAGUCUAAGUGCUGCGUUGUCACAAGCUUCUAGAUCACCCGCCGUCACAUCCAGCAUCCCUUCAGCAACCUACGAAGACGUGAAGCGACGGCUCGUGAUGAACAUGAACACCUCGGCCACGACCAUACAGAUGCCCGCCGUGCCUCCAGUCACACACUCAGCCAUGCCGAUACCCCCCCGCUCAUCUGUUAAACUCCCAGCCCCAGGGCCGGUUGCCUCAAAACCUACGAGUAGCGCAGUGGGAAUGAGCGCGAUCCGAAAAGUCACAGCAGGCCUCACUGCCUCGUCGAAACCGACCCCUCCAAAGCCCGUCACCACGAAGGCGGCGCCCAGCAAGAUCCUCUCUUCAGAGAGCAAGAUCAAGAAGUCCAAACCCGCACCGCUUCCCCGUGUUACUACGGGCGGCAAGCGAAAGCGUACUAAAUCUCAGCCCACAGACGGCACCAAAGACAACGACGCCGUCUCGACACGGUCUUCCAGUUUUUCUUCCUCCUCGCCCGAACCGGCCCCGUCUUCCGCCGCAUUACCACCUCUAGAAUCCAGCACCCCGACCACUCCCGUACCCCUCGCAGUCACCAAGUCCGGCCGUCAGGUUCUCAAGCCAGCGGCCUACAACCCAGCAGCCAUGGACGCUGCCAGCAAACGGCCGCGGCCCCCAGCCCACCACCACGGCAAACGCACCGUCGAGCAGAUGCUCUGCAAGAAGUGCAGCCGUAUGCAUAGCCCAGCCACCAACCAAAUCGUAUUCUGCGACGGGUGCAACGAUGGCUGGCACCAGCUCUGCCACGACCCGUGGGUCGCCGACGAGAUCGUGCGGGACGCGAUACGUGGGUGGUAUUGUAGCGCGUGUGCCGCUAAGAAGGGGGGAAAUAAGAGGCAGAAGGUCGAGCAGCAUUCACAAACCAGCAGUGUCUUUCAGCCGCAAAGUCAUCAUCAGGGGAAAGCUGGGGGAACUGGUCACAAAGGUGAACGACCAAAAGAAAGCUGGGCGAACAAACCGGCCCAGCAGAAACGCGCCUAUCUCUCCACACUAUCCCAGCAGGACCUCGUCGGGAUCAUCAUGACCUGUCUCGACACACACCCCAACCUACCGAUAUUCCCAGGCCCAGAACCAUCCCAUCCUCCUCCUCCUCCACCACCAGGAAAUGCAGGUAAUAACAGCAACGGCGGCCCACGGUCUAUCUUCGCGGGGACGACCACUGACGGUCUCUUCCCCCGCACUUCCGCUGCGCUCAAUGCCGGCAACGGCGCUGUCAUCGUGGGCGAGGAUGACGAGAACUUUGACCCACUCGCGGCGUUAUGGCCAGUUCCGGGUCGUGGUAUGUACACGCGGCUGCCGCCGGACACGGAAGAUGAGACGAGGCUGGUGGAUGGGGGGGAUUUUGAGGCGUUUAGCGGGAUUAUUUAUGACGAGAGGGGGAGGAAGGUGGAAGAGAAUGGGAUGAAGGUGUAG